AUGAAUAGCGAUGCCGAUCAAUUCCCCGACACACUUGACAACCUCAUACUCAUUAAUGAGGGCAGUCUGAGACGUCCUGGAUGUCUGCCUGUGGGCCUAAAGUCACUAUUGUUGGACAAUCUUUUGGACUUUGACAGGCCUUUGUGGCCAGGUAUCCUGCCGCCCCGAUUGGAGUCGCUCAAACUCGGACGAAGCUUCAACCAGCCCAUCCCCAGAGGUGCCCUCCCCGCCACCAUUAAAGAACUGUCAUUUGGAGUCAACUUUAAUCAACCACUGGACAUCAACAAUCUUCCACCUUCAUUGACCAACCUAUCCCUGGCAUAUUCAUCAUUUAAUCACGCAUUAUCCAACUUGCCCACCAACCUCACACAUCUGGCACUUGGAGCAGACUACAAUCAACCAAUAGAUUGUCUGCCGCCACUCUUGGAAAUGCUCAGACUAUCUUCGCGCAGCCCCUCGUUCAAACCCAACGCCACAUUCCCUCAACUCAAAGUACUUCUAUUCACUGGUAUCAAUCCUGAUGUGCUGGCCAACGUCACCUCAAUAGCAUUUCCAUCACUGGUUAAUCUCAAGAUACAUGGUAUCAUUGAACAGCCGAACGUUGAGACGGGACCGCCACUCGAUCUCGGCCACCUGCCCUCAACCCUCAAGUCAUUGCUCGUUAUCACCAAACGUACAUUCACAUCGCUGCCCAACAGCAUCGACACACUUACUCUGGGUCACUUUACAAGAGGUGACCCUAUUACUAUAGUGAGGGGUUUGCCUCAUUCAUUGACAGCGCUAAACAUCUUCUCGUACAUACAUCAAAUUGACAUUGAAGCAUUGCCGUCUUCACUUCGAUCUCUUGAAUUCACACAUUCAACUCGUGAGGUCAAUGAUCUGGCGACCCUAGUGUCCAAACUACCAGAAUCUGUCGUAUCAUUAAAAUUGAGUGGACAACCUUAUUAUCUACUCAAGAUUACCAACAAUCUGUUCUUCAAGUAUUCACAAAACUUGCAAAGUACUGGAUUCAUUGACCUUCCUACUCUCCAAGCCUAUAUUCAAUAUGUCAACACACAACAACAACAACAACAACAACAACAAGAAUAA